AUGGGAUGUGCAGCCAGUGUGCGUGUGUCAGCAAAUGUUGGACACCACCUGAGCUUCAGCGGGCAGCGACACUAUCAUGAGAAGCGCCUCCAGGUUCGCAAAAACCCGGAAUCCUACAGAACCCGCAUCGUGACCAUGCUUACGACGGACGAGGGCGAUCUUGAAGUGCAGUUGUCCUCCCAAUCGCACUCGGAUCCAGAAGAGGUGUCCGGAAAGAAGAAAGUUACGUUCUCGAUCUUGGAAGAGGCCACUGAAGAUGUUGAUGAUUCUGAUGAUGAGUUUCUGCAGGAGCUUCCAAAGAAGAGGGUAACCUUUUCUGUUGUUGUGGACACACACUUCUUCAAGGAGGAGGAUGCUCCUGUGGUGAGGCCCAUGCAGGUGUCGGUUGCUUGGGGGGAUGCUGGCACGCCAUCUCCCCUGCCGCCACGAAAGGUGCUGCCACAAGUUCCGAAUCAGCCCGAGACAGAAGCCCUCGAGGAAAUUCAUCCCUUUUACCAGGGUCUACGCGAGCUCCCAGUGAUGUGCACAGACUGCACGGAUGCUUGA